AUGGCUUUCUUCUUCAUCAUGGGACACGCAAACGCAUCUGAACAGAAACACCUCAUGGCGCUCCAAAUUUCAAUCAUGGAAAUGACACCACUAGAAAGUACGAGGAGCGAUGGACCAGCACCACGAGAAAGUGCGACUAGGAAUGGCCCAUCAGCAGUACGUGCUUCGACAACGGAAACUAGACCGCCAGAAAGUGCUUCAGCGAUGGAAACUACACCACCAGAAAGUACGACCAUGGAUGGCCUAUCACUAGAAAGUCUUCCAACAAUGGAAACCGCACUAGCACAUUCACAACACCUCACGCGACGUUCAUCCUCAACCUCCUUAAUGAGAUUCAGACGUCGUUCAAAUCUAUCGCCGAGCGGGAAAGCGAGGUUAGGGAAUAUGUUGACGCUGUUAGGCCUUCGAGAGGCGCGUUGUGGUUUCCUGAUGACGAGGGGAUUCUAA